CAUUUUUCACUAUGAAGCAGUUUGCAAUUUUCACAAUUGUGCUAUUGGUCUUAGCCAUGGCUUUGACCACUCAAGCUGAUAAGCUGAGCAUGGGUAGAAUUUUGAAUUCUGGUUUCAUGAAGAGCAGCGCCGGUCAGCAGGGUCCACCUCCGAGCCAGCAUGGCCCGCCACCUCCGCAAGGCGGUGGCCAAGGUGGACAGCAGGGCGGACAAGGACAAGGCGGACAAAACUAAAAAUAUUUCAUUGAAAGUUCAAAAUUAAAAGCUUUGACACAUUUCUUGGAAAAGUAACAACAUGUCGGUAGUAGUAUAAAAUAAACAAAUUUUGCGCAUAAAUAUAAA